UUGCCUCAGAAACGGCUCACUGUUCUGGAAAUUCAGCUCCCCGACAAGAUCUUUACUCGAACAAAUGGCCAUUUGCCGAAGAUCACAGACAUUGACGAGGCUCCUGUUCUACCAGUUAAACCCGCUCCAUCAAACGUAGUUCAACCAGCCUCUGUUGGUCGAUCAACACGGGCAACGGAGGAUAAGCGAUCAGUUCCCGAGCAUUAUAAAGGUCAGUCCAAGUCGAUCUCUUUGCAUUCGGGAACAGAUGACGCGGACGAUACUAUUGCCCGUUCUGAACUCGAUCUGCGUCAAGUCGCUUCACAUGUGGGCCCCGAUUGGCCUGUGUUGGCCAUGUACUUGGGUGUGAGUGAACCGGAUAUGGAUGAAAUCUCUUCACGUUACACCAGUGACGAAGAAUGUGCCUAUGCAAUGCUGCUACAUUGGCAAGAACAAACCAGUGAUCUACAGACAUCUGGGACCCGACUGGCGCAAGCUUUACGGCAGCUCGGUCGAGAUGAUGUGCUGAGAAACUGCAUGAUGAAUGUGGCUCCAGUGACAUCAGAGGAGGAACGUGACCAAGCUCUGCGUACUUUAGCCGCUGCCGGUGUUUCUGGUCCCUACAGUGAAAGCAGCGGGGUUGGUACUUCGUUAGAUUUCAGUGCCUCGCAAGCCACAGUUGCACCGUCUGUGGAGCCUGGACCGAGACAGUCGGUCGAAAUGGAUGUGAUUGUUCCGGUCCAUGUCACUCGUCGUGCGGAAUCGGAUCAGCAAAUUGUCCCGCAGCAGCAGCAGCAACAGCAAUCAACCCAGCCCCGAAUGGAUUCAAGUGAACGUGUGAUUGUGUUGGAAGGGUCUAAACAACUUUUACAGGAAGAUGAGCCUAUUCGGUCGGAAUCGCCGCCCUCUAAUGAAGGAGUGCCUGUGGAGGAAGAAGUAAUUGUCCCGGCGUCUUCACAGCGUGAUGCACCUCGGUCGUUUGGUUCUUCCUACCAAGAACUUUCUCUGGAGGAUGCUCUUCGGCCACAGGAGGGCGGCCAACAGGGGACUGUACAUGCAGCAGCAGCACACGAACAUGUCUAUGAAGGACCGGAAAUCGAAGAGGCCCCAAUUCAAGCCACCUGUUGCCCAAAAUUGGGAGAGAAUGAAGCCACAUGGGGUCGUGCUGCAAUGGAGUGUUUAACAUCACUAGAAUCGGAGGGCGCCUUGUCCGAACCCAGUCCUGAUACAGAAUCAGCCAUGCCUGAAGCAGUGGUUGUUCCGGCUCCGGGAUGGGACGUUUCCGACUCCGAUACGAACCUUGUCCUAUUUGAUGAUAUUUACGACCAGGCUUUGGGUGAAUUAUUAGCCAAUCGGCUUCUUAACCAACAGCCUACCUCGUUGACACCUAUUCCCGAGGUGUCUGAAUAUUCCGUAUUGUCAUCAUCCUUGGCCAGUGCGCAACCGGCCAGUAGUUGGGACAGUGGAGAUCUUAGCCCAUCCGGGUCGAUGGAGAGCCGUGCACGGGCCUCUCGUCGAAUGUUGCAUCAGCUAUUGCAACAGCUUCGUCAACCAACUGAUCCGGAGUUUAGUGCAACCGAGCCACGUGUACGGGAUCUAACCGGUAAUGGUGAUCCAAAAAGGAGAUCGGCCGAAGGCUAUCCGUUGGACCCUGCCGGUCAAGAACCGGCUGGGGGCUCGUUGCACACGCGCACUUCCAGUAGUCGCUCAUCCCUGGCUGAUUUCAUCCGGUUAGAAACAUCCUGCGAGGGCAGUCGAGUUGAUCUGUCAGAAGAGGAACGUCAGUUAAUUUCCGGUCAAUACGAUGCAAGUCUGCGUGACCUUGUGGCCGGUAUUCAAGCUCUUCAACGUCAGCAUUUAGAUGAGGCUCAGGGUGCGGCUGCUCUAGCUUCGGCAGAAAGCAGUUCGGGCAGUCAUUUGGCCAUGGGUUCCGGGGAGGCUGAGCGUCGAGUUGGAGCUGGUCAUCAGGAAAUGACUCAUGCAAUGGAGGAUAGUCCGUCUGUCUCGUUAGUUGCUUCCCUUAUGGCAGCGCAAAUGCAACAGCUAAUUCAAUCCGUUUCAGCCAGUUCGUCCAGCGUCAGCUCUCAUCCGCGCUCAUCAGCGAGCGUUUCUUCCGCUCCAUCGCACACUACUCCAUCGGACAAGUCCUCUGAAGAUCGGAGUAGGGAUCCUGCUCCCACCAGUUGA